AUUAACAUCGCACGAGCUAUCGAUAAGCGAUAAUAUUUCGAUUGUUGGUAGUGAAAAUAAUCGAGACGCGUGGUAUAAAAUUUACAAUUUACAAACUCUACAGACUUUUUUUUGGGCUUUUUCAUUCAACACGAAAAAAUGACACAUGUUUUUCUCUCUAGGCUACCUCUUCAGCUAUUUUCAACACCAAUGUUCAUGAUUUAUUUAAGUGUGACCGUUUGUCGCUUAGGCUGAAAUCCGUUCUUUUUCGAAGGAAUUUUUAACAUCUUCAACGCGGUCUUACUGCACCGCGUUUCUGAAGUAAACAUUUGUAAAUAAUUUCCAUUUUCGCUUAAAUUACUGCAAAAUGUCAAUGCAAAAGGCCAAAAUCAUCGACCAAAAGGAGUACCUCAAGAAGUACCUCUCCGGAGACAAGGAGAAGAGGAAGAAAAAGAAGGAGAAGAAGCACAAGAAGGGCACCAAGGUGAAAAUCAUUGAUGACGAUGCCUACGAUGAUGACAACCGGGAAAUGGACGAGGAUCUGCUGCUGGGCGGUGAGGAUGCACCUCAAAUUGUGGGCGAGUACAUCGAGGAGGAUCCCAACGUGCGCAGCAAGUGGCGCAACAUUGCCGUCAAAGACGAAAUCAAGGAAGAGCAAGGGGCAGAAUGUCCGCCACCAUCAGCGGCUGAUAUCCGCAUUAAACAGGAGCCGCUGGACGAGGAAUCGGGCAUGUGGGGCCGCAAAGCUACUAGCACCAAAAUUAAAGAUGAAUUCUCUCCCAGACGAAGCCCUCCCCUUAGAAUCAAGCAGGAGAAACGCAGCAGUUCCAGGGAUUUGAGUCCAGCGAGGUCUCCGAGACGGAAAAGAGACGCAGAUCAGUCGCCACAGCGUAGGAAGCGCAGGGAUUCCGAUCAAAGUCCUCCAAGGCGAGGUAGGGAUCAAGAUCAGUUGCCACAGCGAAGGAAGCGAAGAGAUUCUGAUCAAAGUCCUCCAAGGCGAGGUGGGGAUGCAGAUCAGUCACCACAGCGUAGAAAGCGACGGGAUUCUGAUCAAAGUCCUCCAAGGCGAGGUAGGGAUGCAGAUCAGUCACCACAGCGUAGAAAGCGACGGGAUUCUGAUCAAAGUCCUCCAAGGCGAGGAAGGCACGCAGAUCAAUCACCUCCAAGAAGACAAAGAGACGCUGACCAGUCACCACCUCGAAGAAGAAGGGAUUCCGACCAGAGCCCGCCCAGGAAACGAAAGGAUAAGGACCAAUCACCACCAAGGAAGCAUAGAAACUCCGAUCAAAGCCCUCCCAGGCGUGCCAACAGUGACUCCGACCAAAGCCCACCCCGUAGAAGAAAGGAUAGAGAUUCGUCUCCACCUAGAAGGCAAAGGGAUUCCGAUCUAAGUCCACCCAGAAGACGUAAAGAAGACGAUCAUUCGCCGCCAAGGAAAAGAGAGAAAGAUGCCGACCAAAGUCCACCCCGAAGACGCAGGGAUGACGACCACAGCCCACCAAGAAGACGCCGCUCUGUCAGCAGAGAUCGAAAGCCAUAUCGGGACCAGAACCCCUUCAAAAAAGAAGAGGGCCGCGAGAGGAAGAGCCGCUGGGCGAAGGCUUCAGCCAGCAAAUCCCCUUCGCCACCACCCACGCACAAACCUAAAUCCACCAAGACUCUAGAUGGCAAGACUGCUGGGCUGCAGGAUGCGCAAGCCCUGAAGAAGGAAUCGGAUGAGAGGAGAAAACGAGAGCACGCCCUAUUCGAAGAGAUGUCCACUGAGGUAUCAGGCCGGGAUGCUGAGAUUCAGAUGCGUAGCACCGGCCGGAAGGGACGUCGGGCACGUGAUGCGGCCAACGAAGAUCCCGCGGAACGCAGACGCAAGGAGGAGCACGAAAAGAAGAAAAAGGAGCUCUAUGAUAAAUGGGGCAAGGGUCUGAAGCAAAUAGAAGACCAAAAGACACGACUCGAGGAAAUGGCUCAUGAAGCUGCCAAGCCAGUCGCCCGGUACGCCAACGAUGAGGACUUGGACAGGCACCUGAGGGAACAGGAGCACGCCGACGAUCCGAUGCUGGAGUACAUGCGACAGAAACGCAAAAAGAAGGACGAGAAAUCCAACAAGCCGGUGAUGCCCAAGUACGAGGGCAGUUAUCCGGAGAACCGCUUUGGUAUACGACCAGGCUACCGAUGGGACGGCGUGGAUCGGUCCAAUGGCUACGAGAAGCGCUGGUUUGACAAGCAGAACGAGCGCAAGGCGGUGCAGGACGAGGCCUACAAGUACAGCGUGGAGGACAUGUAAACUUUACUAUUUGUAAUAAAUAUUUCACAACUGCCUGUAAAGCUUACAAACAA